CAAACAAGAAGAAGUAUCAGAUUAAACAAAACAAACAUAGAAUAAAAUCUUCUUUUUCUUUCCUUUCUUUUGGUGGCUGAAGAAGGAUGUCUGUGAAAAGUGCAAAGGGAGGACCAGAAAGUAGACCAUCCUCUGCCGCCAGCAUGUCUCCACGAGGAGGGAGGGGAGCAGCAGCUGGCAGAUCGCCAGCUACGAGAUUCAAAAGCAAGGCCCUUCAGCUCAGCCUCUCCAAGAAAUUCUGCUCAAAGUCGCCCUCGGCCCAGGGGAAGGGCUCUGGUGAGGAGGAUGCCGGUCACCGCGGUAAAAGGAGCCUCAGCAACAGCUCAGCGGUGGCCGCUGCCUACAUCUCCUACCUCAAUAAGCUGUUUGGACAGGAGAGGGAACUGAUGCCAGAGGAGUUAGAUGAGCUGCAGGAGGCCUUUAAGGAAUUUGACUACGAUGCGGAUGGCUUCAUCCAUUACAAAGACAUUGCAGACUGCAUGAGAACCAUGGGCUACAUGCCUACAGAGAUGGAGCUCAUCGAGAUCAUCCAGCAAAUCAAGAUGAAAUGGGGUGGGCAUGUGGACUUUGAUGAUUUCUGUGAACUAAUGGGGCCGAGGAUGCUGGCUGAGACGGCUCAUAUGGUCGGGUUGAAGGAGCUCCGCUGUGCCUUCAAACAGUUUGAUUGUGAUGGCGAUGGAAAGAUCACGAUUGAUGAGCUCAAAGAGGGCAUGAAGACCCUCCUGGGGGAGAAGCUCAAGAAGGGUGAGCUGGAGGAGAUCCUCGCCGACAUUGACCUCAACAAAGACGGCAACAUCGACUUUGAUGAGUUUGUUAUGAUGCUUUCUGCACGAUGACCUCUGAUGGAAGAGGAUGGAGCAUACAACACUGGAUUCACUGGAAGGCUGUCUUCUUCCUGCUGCUUUUGUGUCAUUAUGGACUAAAAAAAUGCCUGAUUGUAAACACACAAUAGAGUCAAAGAGAUCUGUUUA